AAAGAGUCUGCUGUCUUCUUCAAAAGGCGAUUCCUCCUGAGCUCUUACUAAAGAGUCAAGUCUUUCAGUCUCUCUGUAAUUAAGCUUCAUUGAUCUAAUAAUGGGUCUCUUGCUGCAUUGUUACAGGUUCAUUUUGUAACGGCAAGAGAGUUUGAGAGAGCGUUGUUUCUGGGUUCUUUCUUUUUGACAGUUUUUUUAUCUUAGUUCUCGAAUUAGGGUUCUUCAUCCGAGGCCCGAGGGGUUAGAGAGACAGAGAGUGAGCAAUCGUCUUGUGGAAGCUCGUUGGCGAGGGAAGGGUUUUAUGUUCUUACUGAGUGUUCUGUAAUAUUUCUCAUGAUUCGUUUUAUGUUGUUGGAACUUGGAAGUUAGGAGCGAGUUCAAUAAAAAUCUAAUCUUUCCAGGAUUAUUCAGUGAAAAAGUUUUCAUAUUUUCCUUAGCUGAAUGGAUAGGAUAAGUCAAUUGCCUGAUGAACUUCUCUUGAGAAUAUUGUCUUUACUGCCUACUGCUAAAGAUGUUGUGGCUACAAUGGUUUUGUCUAAACGUUGGCAAUUUCUUUGGAUGUAUGUGCCAAGGCUUGUGUACGAUGAUGAUAGCUAUCAGGGUAUAGAUUACGGAAGAUUCUCGCGGUUUGUAGACAGGUCUUUGAUAUUCCACAAGGCUCCAGUGCUAGAAACUUUGCAUUUCAAACUUGGUAAAAUCUGUGGUGCUGGAGAUGUUCAUGUAUGGAUUAGAGCUGCUGAUAAAUGCUCUGUGCGUGAGCUGAUUAUUGAAAUCGACUUUUCUUCUAGUGUAACUCAGGCCACACUUCCAAGGAGUUUGUAUACAGGGUGUAGCACGCUUGUCAAAUUGAAACUAGAUAACGCGGUUCUUGUGGAUGUCAUCUUUUCCUCUGUUUCUUUCCCAUCCCUCAAGACAUUGAGCCUUUUAGAGGUGAAGUACCCAGGUGGUGACGGAUUUGUCAAGAGGCUUUUAUCUAAUUAUCCUGUUCUUGAAGACUGGGAUGUGGAACGAUGUCCUGAUGACAAUGUGACCAUUUUCACUGUGAAAGUUCCUUCUCUCAAGAUUUUAUCCUUGCGAACACUGAGUUUUAGAGUUAACGACGAUGCACAAGGGUUUGUGAUAGAUGCUCCUUCUUUGGAAUGCUUGGAUCUUGUUGAUCAUGCGGGUGGGUUUUGUGUCAUUGAGAGUGACAUGCCUAAUAUUGAAGACGCAGAUAUUGACGUCACGUAUCAUCUUCCUCGUAAGAUUCUGAGUUCUAUAGCUUCAGUCCAACAUCUCGAGUUAUGUUUACUAACGUCAAAGGAUGCAUAUCCACUUGGUAGUAUCUUCCGAUGUCUUACACAUGUAAAGAUAUGCACAUGCGAGGUAGAAUGGUUGAAUCUACUUAUGCGUGUGCUUAAUGAUUCACCUAAAUUACGAGAUCUCAAACUGGAACAGUACCAUCCCCUUCGAGCUGACGAACCACGCCCUUGCUGGAAUGAACCGAGUCAGGUUCCAUUAUGUAUGCUAUCGAGUCUUAAAACUGUCGAAUGGGUUAAGUAUGAAGGAACGAAAGAAGAGAAAGAAGUGGGAGAUUCUUAGAUAAAGUAACAAUCAAACCAAAAUCCACCUGCCGCCGCAAAAAACUUAAAAUGAUAAAGGAGUUGUCGCUUUCGCCCAGAAGUUCGCCUACU